UCGAAAGCUAAUAGGGAGAUAAAGUUCAAUCUGCCAUUCUCAGAUAGAACUUCUUUAGGAUAGGCUACAUUAUAGUGCGUACUUUGGUGUAUUACAAACUUCGAUUGUACAACGCAGAUGUAGUAUAAGGUGUCGUGAUAACAUAAUACCAAAUUUAGCUGAAAUAAUUUCAACCACUGAAAGAACACGGUUGUAUUUUGUUUUAUGAUAUGACCAACUUCACCUUCAGUCCAUUGUCGAUAAAGUCAGUGUUAGGAAUAAAUUUAGGAAUUAUUGAUGAAAUAGUUAGUGGUUGUGCGUACAGUGGCAUCGCGGUCGAUCAGGCAGAACAGUGGCAAAAUGCUUUAGUGAACGAGCUGUUGUCUGCGGUUCGCGGCUGUCAACAGCACUAUGGCAACAAAACCGAACUCGCCACAGAAGACGAUCCCCGUGUACUGUUGUUGUGUGAGGCGUGGGAGCGCGUUCUGUCCCACGGGCUUCGAACGAAUAGUACUAUGAUGCAGAAUGUGGUCGAGCUCGUCACAUAUAAUUCGGAUGGCGGUGGCGAGGGCGCACCACUCUUAUGGGAUUUUGCUAACCGACACUUAACGAACCACGAGAAGGAGCGUUUCAACAAACUGAGACACGUGUGGUCGCGGUGUGGUAAAGGGCGUGCUUUGUUGCGGACCAUUCUGAAUGAAAGGGCCCUCGAGCGGUAUGUGCUGAUGUGGUUGAGUGAUGAAAAACUGCUCGAACAAUGUUAUGAACCGUGGGCACUGAUGAGAGACGUUGAAGUGCAGAGCUUAUUGCCAAAUGUUGCCACAGGCCUUGACUCGAUCCUAUUUGCGAUUGCAAUUGACGUACCUGAGUUGAACACAAGAUCGUUGUAUGGUCAUAGAGUAGAGCUACGACGUGAACCAAUCAUUGUCACCCACCCCCCGGCCGGUCCAGUGCGUAAAAUUAACGCAGUCGAGAGAAAAAUCCUUGAGAAUGCUUCUCCGUCGCGAAUCGUAAAUAUCACGCUAACCGGAAAGACCACAAUCGCGGAAGAUGUUUCGACCGGAGAUUUUACUAAAAAUAGCGACACGGAAACGCCAAAUUUCGCCGAUUCGGACGAUUCACAUGAUGACUAUGCGGACGACGAAGCGUUGACACUGGUUAAACUAUUGCCUUCGGACGUAGAUAGAUUUUGUCUGCCCGAUGCAACUUCAAACACCCAUGUGCAGCUGUGCUGUCAUUCCUGUACCAGUAAGCACUUACUCUGCCAAACUAGAUCGUACGGUUGCCAACAAGUUAAUCCCGCAACCGAGAGUGGGAUUUCGACUUGUGCCGCCGAUCACCAGAUUACGGCCGCAACAUCGACGACUAUCUGCUCGACGUCUAGUACUGACAACAUUACGACAAGAAUGAUGUGCGAUCCGGACGACACAACUGAAGACGAAAUAACGGGAUCACUAACAUCACUCGCUGUCGCCCGACAACAUGAAUCAGAACGCAACGAAAAGCUGAAACGGAAGUUUUACGAGCUCGAAGAACGAUGCCAUCUACUGGAAUCCCGGGUGGCCGAGCUGAGUCUUGAAAAUCAACGUCUAAGAAUGUUAAUGCAGUCGAAUUGUCUCUCGGUGACUUUUUUUAACUUUGCCAUUCCGAAGGCCAUCCAGCAAGUAAGCGAAGGUCGUUCGCGCCGUCCCUAUCAUGUGUACGAAAUACGCAUAACACAAUCUCCACAUACACGUGGAACCACGGUAACAGUGGGCUACGAGAGCUGGAGCAUAUAUCGGCGUUACAAUGAGUUUUAUAGACUUCAUAAACGCCUCCUAAAAGAGUAUCCCACGGUAAAGAGUCUCGAUUUUCCUCCGAAAAAGAAAAUUGGUUACAUGAACGCCGAUUUUGUUGAACAACGCCGACAGCGAUUGCAAGUUUACCUGAAUAGUCUUUUUGUGUCCAUACUACCUGAAGUAGCAGCUUGUAACACGCGCACACAGCUUGAACAAACUUUCCCUUUUCUUUGCGACGCCUCUACUUAAGAACUACUAAAUACAGUAGAACUGCAACUGCUCUAUAGAAAUGCGAACGGAUAACCCUUUUAGAGAUAAAUACGGCCCGGACGGUCUUCUAAGAACAAAAAAAACCCGUUUUUGGAGAUUCCAGUCUUAAUAAAAAUCAA